AUGCUCAUGCCAUCCGCCUUCUCAUGCGACCCGUCGCAGCCACCCCUCACCCGCCUCCAGGCAUCUCUCUUCGCAUCGCCCCCGUCGAGCCCUCCGACGCUGUCAACUAGCAGCGGCUUCGGCCAGCUCUUCGACACCUGCCGUUCUCUCCAAGCCCUCCUCUCGUCGCCUCAGCACCAGAACAUCUCCAAUACCACUCCAUCGUACGAGGCGCAGCAGAACUAUCUCCCCACGCCAUCCCAGCUUCCCACGCCGCCUCUUGCCCACGCGCCUCCUCCUCUCAAGCUGCGCCUGCGCUCGCGCGCAAAGCAGGAUGGCACCAUCAACAACGACCACCUCCCACGCAAGCGCAUCGUAAAGCGCGCGCCGCCACGAGGCGUGAACAAGCGCCGGCGCGCGGCUGAUGACGAGACGGGUCGCGAUGAUGCUUUCCUCACAGAUGAGGACGUCGAGAGCGACCUCGAUAUUUCGUCGCAGCGUCAGUCGUUCGAAGCCUCCAAUACCAACCCCAUCCCGUCCGCCCCAUCCACACCUAAGCGCGCGCGCAUCGCACCAGAGGUGAUUCCUCUCGGCCUCGAGCGUUCCGACUACCACACGUUACACCUGCUUAAUGGCGACGGCGUAAACAUGAACCACAGCAGCAUGGAAGAAACACAAGGCUCGAACGUGGAGGUCGAGGCCGACGGAGAGCCAUGGAGCGCCGAGGAGGAUAGGAUCCUCGUCGAGCUCGUGCUGGAGAAGCUGAAGCUCUCCAAGACGGAAUGGCAGGAUUGUGCGCGCAGCCUGGGCAAAGACCGGAACUGCUUGUCGCGGCGGUGGAAGAGCCUUAUGGUGCAGGGCGACGUCGGCCUCAAGGGAGGCCGGAGGAGUAGCCGCAGGGCCAAGCUUCACGGCACCUGGCGGUGA